AUGAGGAGUGAAGUUCAACGAAUCAACCAUUCUGUUUCGAUGCUGAAAGAACGUAUAAAGGACAACAAUGAAAGAAUUAAGGUUAACAAAACACUUCCUUAUCUUGUUUCAAACGUUGUUGAGCUAUUAGACUUGGAAGACAAUCAAGAGGAAGAAGGUGCGAACGUUGACUUGGACGCUCAUAAAACAAAGUGUGCUGUUAUAAAAACAUCAACAAGAGCUACAUACUUUCUCCCUGUUGUCGGAUUGGUCGAGCCUUCUGAGCUGAAGCCUGGAGAUCUCGUUGGAGUAAAUAAAGAUUCAUACCUUAUCCUGGAGAAGCUUCCAGCUGAAUAUGACUCUCGUGUGAAGGCAAUGGAGGUUGGUUACGAUACCCUUUGCUGA